AUGCCACCCGAAAUUUUUGACUACGAUUCAGAUCAAUCCAAAUUCAUAGAUAAAACGGUUAAUAAAGAUGCAGAUUUUAAUGAAGAUAAGGAACCAAUUCCUGUAGUUUUAGUUGAAGGGUUUAUGGGUCCAGGCAAACCUUCUUAUUGGGGUCCAUUACAAUCACUUUUAUCAAAUUCUUGUAAUAAUGCUAGUAUAGGUAAUAAUGCUAGCGUAGAUAAUAAUGCUAGCGUAGAUAAUAAUGCUAGUGUAGAUAAGACUGAAAGGAAACAACAUCCUAAGACUAGACGUUGUAUUUUCGUAACACCUGGUUGUGGAAGUUCUUUAUAUGAUAGAGCUGUUGAAAUUUUUUAUCAAAUUAAAGGUGGAAGAGUUGAUUAUGGAAAAGAACAUGCACUAAAAUAUGGCCAUUCGCGUUAUGGCCGUGAAUAUCCAGGUGUAACUAUUUGGAAACUUCAACAAUUACUCGCAAGUGAUUUUUUCCCAGCACAUUUUGAACCUCACCCUGAUAUGGUUCGAUCUCUUACAGCAGUCUCAUCUCCAUUUAAAGUUCAUAUUUAUGAAUAUUUUGAUAUAAAAUGGAUAAAAAAUUUGGCAUAUGAUUUCAAUUGCGAUCAUUGGAAUUUAAGUUUUAGAAAAAAUUUCAAAUCAAUGUGGGAUGAAUAUAUUGGAGAUAAAUCUAUUUCAAAUAUUUCAAAUAUUUCAGGUGAUAUUUCAGGUGAUUCUGAAAGUCAAAAAUUGGAGAAAGAAAAAACAUAUGGUCUAUUACAAUGUUUAAUCAAAAGUCCUUGGGUAUCUUAUGAAGAUAACGCACCUUAUGAUAUGACAAUUCAUGCAAUGAAUGAUUUAAAUAAGAAAAAUCCAGAAAAAGAAUUACCUAAUUGGUACGAAAAUGAUGGUGUAUGUCCAAAAAUGUCACAAAUGCAUCCCGGUGGAUUUGAAUGCAAUGAUGGAAUGUGUAAACAUCAUAAAGGACUUCCAAAUCUUAUCGAUGACGAAAUAGGAAAAAAUAAUUUAAAAUAUGAACCAGGAAAAUGGGAUGUUUGGGAAAUAAAAUCCAUUUCACAUUUUGGUCUUAUUCCAGUUUGGUAUGGAACUGAAACUCAAGAAUUAUUUUUCAAAGGAUACAAAGAAUAUUUAGAUUGUUUGGAUAAACUCGAU